UUAUAAUAGAAAUGUGUUAUGCAAUUAAGUAUAAAAAUAAAAAAAAUGUCAACUAUCCAUGCAGAAUAUUUUCAUUCCAAUUAAAGAUGAUGUCUUACGUCAACGUUUCGGUAUUAUUGCUGGUCGCGUGCUUCUCACAGAAUGCACUUGCUGAGGCCGACGGAGAAUUUAAAUCGAUCGUUUAUCCUAAAUCAGCUGCUCUCGGAGAUAUGUUCUGGGACACAAUGGAAGAGAUAAACCAGACAGAACCCGGUCAGUUGUUGAUCAGAGACUUGCGUAAUGGUAUCGAAGAUCUAAUGAACAAUCCCACGUAUUGGAAUAUCUGCAAACGUAGUGCAGAAUUGAUCCGUCACGCGACAAACGACCCGAAAACAGCCAACGAAAUUGUGGCGGUCGUUAAAGGGCUGGCUGACAUACUAGAAAAUCAGCAGAUCAUGGAAAGAGUAUUGGAGAUCAUUGGCUUUUUGAUCAAUCAAGUUUCAGUCUUGGAGUCAGCGGAUAUGGUAACCGAUAUGCUCAACAUGUUGGCCGACACCAUCGAGAACGGUAACGCCGACUUUAUGGUCAAAAAGUUAAGCGAAAUAGCCGAACAGACCCACUUAAACCCGCAAUCCGUGGUACAAGGAUUCAACAAACUUAGGUCCACCAUGAGCAAGACGGCUAACAAGAAAAUGACCGGCAGAGAAGCUGACAGCAUUGUGAAGAUGGCCAGCGUCUUCAACCGGAGACAUUAACAAUGUAUAAUAUAAUAAUAAUUAAUGAUUUAUGUUAUAACUUAUAAUAUAGCUAAUAAAUUCUUGUCUUUUAAUACUAUAAGCAGAUUUGCAAAAAUAAAUGUGUCACCUGUCUAGAAUAAAGUAAAACAUAUAUUCAAUUAUAAUUCGUAACAAUAAACCACAUGAUACAUUUUGA